AUGUCGAAGCAGAGAAGCACGCUCCACGAGAAACUCGCCCGCGCCAUCGCCAGACCUCCUCGCAUCCCGACGAGCAACCGGCCAUUCGAGGCAUCCCUCCGGCCGCCGGCACGCAACGAACGCCGCAACGACGGGCCGCCCAGCACCACCGCACCGGCUCCGGCGCCAUCUCCGACACCACCAUCCGGACCACGUCUGCCGGCAGUAGCGCGUGAGCGAACUAUCUGCUCGCGCCAGGAACGGCUAUACGCCGAGACGUCGCCCGCCGCCGACAACGGACAAAGCGUGCUGCUCGCCACGUUCGGGUUCACGCUAUCGGACCUGAACGACGACGACAACGGUGAGUCAACCACCGCAUCGGAGGAACGCCCGAUGCCGGCACCGAUGCCCGACAUCGAGUCACUGUGCAUUACGGAGCCCGCCACCGCAACUUCACCGGCGUCAAACGGGGGACCCGCGCCAACCGUACCACCACUAGCGACAACAUCGGAGCCCGCGCCGCAGUUCUCCUUCGCCGAGGCGCCCCAGCAGGCCGCCGCAUUGUCUCCGCCAUCAGCCAGGCCACCGUCCGCCGCUGCCAAAGCAACACCAGCUGCGCCGCCACAGCCACCACUGCCGACACCUCCACCGACGCCACCCGCAACGCCCGGGUAUUUUAUUCAGCCGCAACCAAUACCGACGCCGAUAUCUGCACCAACCGGGUACUUCACCCAGCCGCCGCACCACCGACGUCGCCGACUUCAUCUCCCGCCGGGUAAUCCGUCAUCCCCGGAGACGUGCUCCAAACCAUCCCCUGGAACCGGAUCCGACCAGGGCAGCGCCACCAGGUCCGCGGAUUCCGCGUCGUGGUAA